AUGGGCAGCAAUACAACCAUUCCCUUUGCCUACAGCGAGCUCGAGGUCGCCGUGCCGGCAUGGCUCAACAAGGGUGACAACGCCUGGCAGAUGAUGGCGGCAACGCUCGUCGGGCUGCAGAGCAUGCCGGGCCUCGUUGUCCUCUACGCCAGCAUCGUCAAGAAGAAAUGGGCGGUCAACGCCGCCUUCAUGGCCCUCUACGCCUUCGCCGCCGGCCUCAUCUUCUGGGUGCUUCUCUGCUACCGCCUUGCCUUUGGGGAGCCGUUGCUGCCAUUCUGGGGUAAGGGCGGCCCCGCCCUGACGCAGAGCUACCUCACCAACAGGGCGAGGUUGCCGUCCACCAUUAUUUACGACGGUAAUGUACUGAUUUCGCCCGCGACCGAGCCCUUCUACCCCAUGGCGACGAUGGUGCUGUUCGAGUACAUGUAUGCGGCGCUGACGGUGAUACUGCUGGCCGGGGGAGUUUUGGGGCGGAUGAACAUAAGAGCGUGGAUGGCCUUCGUCCCCCUCUGGCUCAUCUUCUCCUACACCGUCGGUGCCUACAGUCUGUGGGGUGGCGGCUUCCUCUACCAGUGGGGCGUCAUCGACUACUCCGGCGGCUACGUCAUUCACCUCGCCUCUGGCACCGCCGGCUUCACCGCCGCCUACUGGGUCGGGCCGCGGGUGAAGGGUGACCGGGAGAGGUUUCCACCGAACAAUGUGCUGCUGAUGCUUUCCGGGGCAGGGCUGCUGUGGUUGGGUUGGUGCGGCUUCAACGGCGGCGCCCCCUACGCCGCCAACAUUGUCGCAUCCCUCGCCAUCCUCAACACGAACGUCUGCGCUGCCACCAGCCUUCUGGUUUGGACAUCUUUGGACGUCGCCUUCUUCGGCAGGCCAUCGGUGAUCGGUGCUGUCCAGGGAAUGAUGACUGGCUUGGCUUGCAUUACUCCCGGAGCAGGUGUGGUGCAAGGGUGGGCAGCCAUCUUAAUGGGGAUGCUCUCUGGGAGCAUACCAUGGUUCACCAUGAUGAUUGUGCACAAGAAGUCUUCGUUGUUGCAGAAGGUGGAUGACUCCCUUGGAGUGUUUCAUACACAUGCUGUUGCCGGCUUUGUAGGUGCAAUUCUAACUGGCCUAUUGGCAGAACCAAACCUCUGUAAGAUGACGAUGCCUUGGCAGAACACUAGGGGUGCCUUCUAUGGGGGUGAAGGCCACGUUCAAAUACUGAAACAACUUGUUGCUUCAUUGUUCAUCAUCUCCUGGAACAUUGCUGCUACUACUGUUAUUCUUCUCUGCAUAAGGAUCUUCAUGCCAUUGCGCAUGCUAGACGAGCAGCUCGUGAUCGGUGACGAUGCUGUCCAUGGAGAAGAGGCAUAUGCUCUUUGGGGUGACGGAGAAAGGUUUGAUGUGACCAGACAUGAGACUUGUGAAGAUGAGGAGAGGCCGGUGCGAGCAGCUAAUGUAGCCAUUAAUGGUGCUAGAGGUGUGACCAUACAGUUGUAG